AUGCAAGGCGAGCAUCACCAGGACUCGCCUGCACGCUCACUGAAGCGCCCCGCGCCGCCCGAGUCGUCCUACACCUCCUCGCCUCCCCACAACCAUCAGCCCGCUGCGUCGACCUCGGCAGAUGCCUACACCGCUCCAACAGCCGCAGGCUCGAACGGACAGCCUGCGAAGAAGAAGAUCACGCGGAGGAGACAGGUCUUGAGUUGUCGGAACUGUACGGUUCGAAAGAUCCGGUGUGAGAGGGAGGGAGGGCCGGGGACGCCGUGCAAGGCGUGCGAGAAGCGAGGGGAGGGCAGCUCGUGCGACAGCGGAGGAGCGCCUGGUUCGGCAUCGCCUGGUUCGAAUGGGUGCGACGGCUGCGCCGCCCACCGCGCCGACCUCGAACGACGAAUCAUGGCCCUCGAAGCAGCUGCCCGAAGCGGAUCGGUGUCGAACGAGGGAGAACCGCCGUUACGGCCGGCGUAUGUAGAUGGGCCAGAUUCGGAGACGGAGGACGCGGCGAUGACACUCGAGGACAUAGCUGUCAAUGUCCGAGUCGCAAAUCCGGCAGCACGACGCAGUACCGCUCCCACGACUCCCUACCUCGGUACGGCGCAGCCCCUCCCAGCCGCCGCCGCAACAUCGCCCGAACGCGCCUCCCUCCUCGUCCCCGAAAUCUCGAAGCGCUUUCGCGGCGUCCUAACCGACCUCUACAACUCGCUCCCGUCUCAGCCAAAGAUGGACUGGCUCGUCACGCACUACUUCAACUCGCUCAGCUGGUACUGGGUCGCCCACCAUGCUCCGACGUUCCUUGCCGAAUACGACGCUUUCCGACAUCUCGUCGCCGAGGGCCGGCAACUCGAGGUGGACCCGCUGUGGCUGGCUGUACUCUUCCUAACUCUCGCACACUCGGCCAACUCGCUCGAGUACCCCGGACCGACUUCCGACUUCACCGCCGACGAGCUUAAUGCGAUGAUCCCGACUUUCUUCGAAGCAGCGCGAGCCGCUCUCGACUGCGGUGACGCAUUCGGAACGCCCAGGAUCCGCACGGUCCAGGCCAUCGUCCUCCUCGGUCCUCUUGCGCUCAACUCGGGCGACCCAGGUCGCGUCGACGUCUUGACGCCCUACGUCGCAGCAACCGUCCGAGUCUGCCAGCACCUCGGCCUCGACCGCCUCGGCUCGGAUCCUACCAAGAUGCCAAUGAGCGAUCCUGCGCUCCGAUGCGGGUCUAAUACCCUACGGCGCGAGACGGCACUUCGACUGUUCCACGGCCUCCUCCACCUCGACCAAGUGAUCUUCCGCGUUCGCCCUGUCCUCCCACUUCACCUCGUCGACUGCGCCUUUCCCGGUAACUUCGACGACCGAGAUCUGCGCGGCGAUGCGAUCGUCCCGCCUCAGCCACACUCGGUGCGGACCAUCGCUUCGUACGAGGUUGUUCGGUUCAAGACGGGCGCGAUCCAGCGGCAGUAUCACGAGCAGGUCGUCCUCGAUCCCGAGUACGAGUACGCGACCGUCCUCAAGCAUGAUGCCGACUUGCGCAACUUGAUCGACGAAUACGAGCUGGAGCGGCCCGAGGCGAACGAGUCGAUCAGCAUGUUCUGGGCGCGCCUGUUCGCCCUACAGAACGUCCAGAUCCGCCGUAUCCGCGUCAACCGACCCUUCAUGUCGCGAGGGUACCGCGAACCGGCUCUGCGGAAGUCAACCGACGCAGCGCUCGAAGCUGCCCGAGCGGUCCUUGAGACACAGAAGGAGCUGGACCGGACUCGCGCGCCGCUCGUCAAGGAGAGCUACCAGAUCAACCACAUCCAGGUCGCCGUCAUCGUCCUUUUCUGCGGCAUCUGGCACCAGGAAGACGCGAGUCCGAACGCUCCGAGCGCCGACUACCGCCUCAUCAGCGACGCGUCGUUGUGCUUUCACCGCGCGCUUGGGUCGAUCAGGGAGAGGGUCAGGAUCGUUGCAAGGCAGAGCCUGCUGGUUGUGCAGUGCUUGUUCGAAGCGCUGCAUGCGCGGUCGGCCACGGGUCGGAGGGAACACUUUGCGCAACUCCUCAAGCGCGUCUCCGUUGCCGUCACCGAGACAGAACGGCGCGCCGCGAUUCAACCCGCUCAGAACGGCACCCAGCCUCACGCCUCCGUCCCCUACUCCGGCCAGGUCGCCCUCCCUGCGCCAGACCCCAUCAUCGGCGACGGCAGAUCUCUCGUCCACGACGCGCCGCACCCAGCACCGUACAACCCGAACAUGGCCGUCCCGCACUUUCCCUCCGCCGCCUCGACUGGCUCGGCAACGUCCUUCUCGCCGCACGAGGUGCAGUUCGGCGACUUGACGUCCGACUGGGGCAUCGAGUGGAUCGUCAACUGA